AUGAAGUACUUCCCGGUAGCUGUUGGAUGUAUCUUCUUUUGGACCACUACAACACUUGCAGUCCCGAUCAAUGAUCAAUUCUUGCAGCACACACUUCCACUCGCUCCCACCAAUGACCCCUUCUAUGUGCCCCCAAAAGGACUCAACGACUCUCAGCCGGGGACGAUUUUACGCAGCAGAUCAAUUGAUCAUCUUUCAUUUGGAGGUGCUGUACCCUUCCAAGCAAAGGCCGCAUAUCAACUUCUUUAUAAAACGACGGACAGCCUGGGUGACGCCUCGGCAGCGGUCACAACCAUCAUUGUGCCAAAUAAUGCAAACACAUCAAGAGUGCUUUCGUACCAAUCUGCGACCGAUGCUGCAUGGGCCGAUUGCGCACCCUCUUACACAAUACAGUUGGCGUCCGAUCCAAAUAAUGAGGAUUCUGAUGAUGUCGAGACUUUGCUCGUCAUCGCUGCUCUCGAUCAAGGCUGGAUCGUUAACCUCCCUGACUACCAGGGCCUUCAAGCAGCCUUUACGUCCGGCAUACAAUCUGGUCAGGCGACCCUCGAUUCCGUUCGUGCAGCUCUGUCGUCUGGAAAUUUGACUAGCAUUUCAUCUCAAGCCGAAUAUCAAAUGUGGGGUUACUCUGGGGGGUCUUUGGCCUCUGAGUGGGCAGCAGAGCUUCAACCUUCUUACGCACCAGAGCUCAACUUCAAGGGAACUGCUUUGGGUGGUCUUGUGCCGAACGUCACAUCUGUGCUACUAUCCACUGAUAAAAGUUUUUUCACUGGUCUGAUCCCCGCAGGGGUCAUUGGUCUCGCGAAUGCUUACCCAGAGUUAAAAGUAUAUCUCGAUGAACAUCUCAUCCCAUCAAUGGCUUCUGAUUUCUACGAAGCAUCGACUCAAUGCUUAGCCGAUAAUAUACUAACCUAUCUGGGUCAAGACAUGUUCUCCUAUUUUGACAACGGGGAAGCCGCCUUUACCACUAGUGUCGCACAGAAAAUUUUGACAGCCACUGGGCAAAUGGGUACACAUGGAAUCCCCAGGAUGCCAGUGUUCAUCUACAAAGCCGUUGACGAUGAGGUUUCGCUAGUCGGAGAUACGGAUGCUCUUGUCGCCAAAUUAUGUUCUCAGGGGGCUAACAUUGAAUAUGAUCGAGAUGGGCAUGGGGGACACAUUUCAGAGGCAAUUACUGGCGCCGGUGAUGCGUUUCUAUUUUUGAUCGACAGGUUUAAUGGUGUUCCUGCGACAUCUGGGUGCACGACAAAUAAUGUCCUGAGUGAUGCUUAUAGUCCCGAGGCCGUUGCGGCGUUGGGAUCUACGGUUGCCGAUGCACUGUUGGCUAUACUGCAAGACUCUGUUGGUUCUUAG